CCGAUUACUAGUGCCGAUAACCAUGUGUCGUAGUCGGAUAAGAGUUUCCCUGACUAAAACGAGGGGGGCUGCAUUGGCUUUGCGGCUACCUCAACGGACUAGAGCUAAAUAUCUGGUUGAAGCGGUUACUCAAGCGCUGGGGAUUCCGUAAACACUGAAAGGGAGCGGUAAAAUCCGAACAGUCGUGUCUCAUUGCUCGGCCAACUCCAGGAUACCGGUGCCUUGGCCUUUGCAUUAAUGCAUUGCGUCAACGGUAGUGCGGGGAAGCGAACCACACAAUCUCUCACCGCCGGUUUUCACCCACGAUUCAAUUAUUGUGUCUCAGUCUCUAGAGACAGCUGAAAUGUCGCCUCCUCCUCCGGCCAAGGCAGAUCCCAUCGUCAUCGUCGGCGCCGGUAUCUUCGGCCUCAGCACGGCAAUCCAUCUAGCUCUACGCGGCUACAGCAAUGUCAAGGUAUUCGACAAGCAACCGUAUGACAAGACGCUGUACUCAUACCUCGAUGGCUGCGAUGCCGCCUCUGCAGACAUCAACAAGAUCAUCCGCUCGGCAUAUGGCUCCCAGACCGAGUACCAAGACCUCAGCACCGAGGCUCUUCAGGCCUGGGAUGCCUGGAACACCGAGCUGAGACGCGGAGGCACGGCGGUCCCGCCGGGGAUGACGCCCCAAGACGCUGUCUGGGUCAACAACGGCCUCCUUUCGUGCAGCGACGCCGAGGUCCUACCCGAGUUUGAGAGGGCCACCGUGGACGGCAUGGAGGCCGCCGGUCACCGCGGAACGCAACUCAUCAACGACAACCCGGAUCAUCUGCGCCUGGCCGCGACCAAGGGCAUGGCGCCGGCCAUGAACCCGUUCAGCAAGAAGGCCCUCGGUGUGCUCGACACCACGGGCGGCAUCGCCGUGGCCGACAAGGCGUGCCGCUUUGCCCUGCACAAGGCCCGCUCCCUCGGCGUCAGUUUCGUGCUGGACCCCGUGGCCGGGCAGAUGACGUCAACGACGAUGGACGAGUCGGGCCGCGUCAUCACCGGCAUCACCACCGCCGACGGCCGGACCCACCCGGCCACCAUGACUAUCAUCGCAUGCGGCGGCUGGACGCCAGCGCUAGUGCCCUCGCUCGACGGCCUCGCCGAGACGACGGCCGGGUCGGUGGUCAUCCUCCGCAUCCCCGAGGCGUCGCCGCUUCGGCGCCGCUUCGACCCCUCGCGAUUCCCGUCGUGGACCUUCAAGAUCCGCGACGGUGCCGCGGGCGGGCUAUACGGGUUCCCCGUCGACGAUCGCGGGCACCUCAAGAUCGGGUACCGCGGGACGAAGUACACGAACCCGCGCGUGCAGGCCGACGGGCGCGAGCGCAGCGUGCCCGUGACGCGGUGGAGCGGGGAGGGCGAGCGGGAGGGGGACCGGCUCCGGGAGAUACCGGCGCAGGCGCUCGAGGUAAUCCGCGGGUUCCUGGACGAGUACCUCCCCGAGCUUGGGGCGGAGGGCAUCGGCGUGUGGCUGACGCGGGUGUGCUGGUACACGGACUCGUUCGACAACCACUUUGUCAUCGACAGGGUGCCCGGGAAGGAGGGACUGAUGGUCGCCACGGCGGGCAGUGGGCAUGCGUUCAAGUACCUGCCCAACAUCGGGGGCUGGGUUGUUGACAUCAUGGAGGGCGUCAGCCUCGACCGGCCCGCCGUCAAGGCUUGGCGGUGGAGGUCGCUGGCGGAGGGGCAGACACCGGCUAACAAGCUGAUGGAGGGGGCAGCCGGUCCAAGGGCGUUGAACAAUGUUCCUCUCGUCGCGGCAGAUGCGCCCAAGACGAAGUUGUGAGGCGGGGUAAGCUUAACAAUAUCCGUGGUCAGAAGCCGGGUGACGUUCAAUCCUGAUAUCCUGCUGUUGCAAAGGCUCGGUUGCUUCAAGCCCUUGCUCCGGCUGCAUGUAGUAGCUAGCAGCUCGAAUUCACCCAAGAUCCAAGGGCUAUAAUUACCCGGUGUCUCCAUCGUACUUUUUGACAUUUAGAAGCGCCAUCAUUUGUCCGGCUAUGUUUUAAACCCUGUAUCAUGGGACUGGCUCUCAGACGCGUCAAGCAGC